AUGCUGGGCGGUAACAGACAACACUAUUACAUCGGACUGGCCGUAUUCAUUGUGUUCGCGUCAUUCACGAUCUUUCUCUCCCGGCAGGACGACCAUGUCCUGUACAACCAGAUUGGAAAGGUGCCUUACAAAUGUGCAUCUACUGGCGUUGAUGGGUCCGCGAAGCCUGCUCUCAGCGAUGCCAUCUCAGCAGUGUUCGAUUCCAUAAAACACGAUCCCUCAAACCCCGAAUACAUCGACGGCUCCGGCAAGAAGUUUGUCGCCAACCAAACCAUAUGGACGAAGCCCUUCGGCAAAAGGCUCCUCAUUGUCGAUAUCGACACCCGUGUCCCCACCGACGAGAACCAGAUCCUCAACCCUGCCAAGCUUAACUUUGAAGAGAUGGAAAUGCGCGGCGGCGGCCUCGUCUCCAACGCAAUCAUGAACCACUACAUGUACGCUAUGGUCCAUGGCUAUGACUACAAAUACUACCAAGCGCAAUCGAUUCCCGACCACUACGACACAUGGAUCAUGCCGCACGCGUUCCGCGACCUCAUCGAGGACUACCAGUUCGUUGUUGCCCUGGAUGCCGACGUAGUCCUCUCGCACAUAGAAGUGCCUCUAGAAUGGAUGUUCAACCGCUGGGGCAUCCAACAGCACACGUCCAUGGCACUGCCGUGGGACACUGAAGAGAUCAAGAACGGCGUACCGGUCAGCCUGGACAGCAAAGGCCUGCGCGUCCUCAACACAGGCUUCGUCGUAGCCCAGAACUCGCCCACGACUAUCGACAUGCUCGAGAAGUGGCGCGACUGUACCACGGAAACGCGCUACCACGGCUGCGGUCGCUGGAAGCAAGAGUGGUCGCACGAGCAGCGCGCUUUCUCAGAGUACAUCCGGUAUGACUACAACUUCACCGCCGAGACGAUCGUUCCGAUUGAUUGCGACGACGCGGUCGGCUGGCCCGGCUUUGCAGCGGACAACCCGCAGAACCCGGGCAUUAGCGAUUGCUCGGGGAACUUUGUGAGGCAUUAUACCCUCAGCAAGAGCAAAGUGAAGGAUGCCGGAAUAAUGAGCGUCAUGAACCCGCUCGCAAAUAUCUUGCAGACACAGCUGCUCAAGCAACAGAGCUCUGUGUGGUACAAGGAGCCUGAGAGAGUCGAAGAGGCCAAGGACGAAGACGAGUCAGGGAAGGCAGCCGAGAACACUGAGGAGAGAAACGAAGAGGAAGAGGACGAGGCAUUAAUAUUAGUGGGUCUCGGAAACUAG